AUGGCCCUUUGCUCCGGUAUUUCUACUCAUUGUGGUGGAAGUAUACACAAGUUGACUGUUCAACUUACAAUCAAGUGCUUGGAUCAAAAAGAGGCUGUGAUGUGGGGUUCAAAUUGUAUGAUACAUUUCUCUGAUCGUAAAAUAUUAGGAUCUCUUGAUGAUUGGUCUCGGUUCAGUUUACCAGAUAAACAAGCAGGAAGUCUUGCGAAUAAGCCAGAUCAGUUUGACAACCUUAUGUUUUUUUUAAUGAAUAGAUUAAAGUUGGACGCAUCCCGAGGUACUACCGAUAAAAAGUCUGAAUUUAAGGUAGAUUAUGAAAAUAAACCUGUGUAUGGGGCUAUGCAGUGUACUGCUGACUUAUCCAGGGAGCUGUGUGAUAAAUGUUUACAAGAAUUAUCUGUGGCGCACCGUUAUUGUUGUAGCGGAAGAAAGGCUGCGAGAAUAUUUUCACCCGAUUGUUUUUUUAGUUACUCGGGUCAAGAUUUUUCCAAAUGGAAAACAUAA